AUGGCUAACAACAAUAAUGACUUAGUUGCUUCUAUUCGCCUCUUGGUGGAAAAACUGACUCAGGAAAGAGCUGAGCGUCCCGAUUUUGCUGGGGACAUGUUUGAGAGGUUAGCCAAGGUUAAGCCACCAUUCUUUAAGAGGAAAGUUAACCCUACCUUUUUAGAGAACUGGAUUAGGGAGUUCGAAAAGAUCUUUGGGGCUGUGAAUUGUCCUAAAGACAUGAGAGUAGGUCAGGCUGUGUUGUACCUUAAGGACGAUGCUGACUUGUGGUGGAGAGAAGAUGGAGCUAGACUGAGUGUUGUGGAAGCUACUGAGGAGUUAAAGGCUCAGAGAUUUGAGCAUGGUCUGACCGAGGAGAUACAGUUGGCGUUAGGGGGUGACACUUUCUCGUCACUAUACAUUGUGUAUAAAAGAGCCGCCCAUAUUUAUGGACUUCAGUCUAGGCGGGACAAAAAAAACGCUUUAGUAGGUGAGAAGAGGAAGGAUUUUAAUGCUGGGGGAAAUCAAGGGAACUUCAAGAGGUACAUGAAUGGGAAUGAAAAUUUCCAAGGGAGGAAUAAUCAGGGCAUCAACAAUAAGGGUCAAUUUGAUAGAGUGUACCACUGUAAGAAUUGUAGUAAUAACCACCCUGGUAGAGACUGUAAGGUAGAUCUAGUAACCUGUAACGACUGCCAGAAGAAGGGGCCAUAG